AUGGCGCUGUUUCCUUGUUCAGCUGUUCCAGCCCUCAGGUUCUGGGGCCUGCGAGGUGCGCGGGUGUGGACCCGCUGGCCUCGGAUUACAGGUGGAGGAUGGCCCAUAUCUUGUUCCGCUGAUGCCUCAAGUGACACUGGAGGUGGAGGCCACAGUGAGAAGAAGUUUCUCCUGCAGGACAUCGCUGAGCUGAUUAAGACCAGAGCCUGCCAGAGGGUGGUGGUCAUGGUGGGGGCUGGCAUCAGCACACCCAGUGGCAUCCCAGACUUCAGGUCUCCAGGGGUCGGCUACUACAGCAUCCUCCGGCAGUACAAGCUCCCCUACCCUGAGGCCAUUUUUGAGCUCUCAUUUUUCUUUCAUGACCCCAAGCCAUUUUUCACUUUCGCCAAGAAGCUGUACCCUGGGAACUAUAGGCCUAAUGCCACUCACUACUUCCUCCGAUUGCUACAUGAGAAGGAGCUGCUUCUGCGGCUGUACACACAGAACAUCGACGGGCUUGAGAGAGCAUCUGGCAUCCCUGCCUCAAAGCUUGUUGAAGCUCAUGGAUCCCUUGCCUCUGCCACCUGCACCAUCUGCCGAAGACCCUACCCAGGGGAGGACUUCUGGGCCGACGUGAUGGUGGACAGGGUUCCCCGCUGCCCGGUCUGCUCUGGCGUCACGAAGCCUGACAUCGUGUUCUUUGGGGAGCCGCUGCCCAAGAGGUUCCUGCUGCAUCUGGCUGACUUCCCCAUGGCAGACCUGCUGCUCAUCCUUGGGACCUCCCUGGAGGUGGAACCUUUUGCCAGCUUGUCCGAUGCCGUGCGGAGCUCGGUUCCCCGACUGCUCAUCAACCGGGACUUGGUGGGGUCCUUGGCUAGGAAUCCUCGGGGCAGGGACGUGGUCCAGCUGGGGGAUGUGGUCCAUGGUGUGAAAAGGCUGGUGGAGCUUCUUGGCUGGACGGACGACAUCCAGGACCUCAUCCAGAGGGAAACUGGAAAGUUUGAUGGUUGGGACAGACUGUGA